AUGUUUAAAAAACAUAAAUUAAAAUUAUCAUUGAAAUCACUAAAAUCCUCAGAUUCAUCCUCAUCAUCUAAAAAAAAUGAGAAAGCUGGUGCUGCGGUUUCAACUUCAAAAUCAUCCGCUAGAGAGUCUUCCAAUAGCUUGUCAUCCAAAAUGAAAAUACCAACAAAUAAUAUAAGCCUGCCACUGACGGGUAAUAGUAAUACCAUUAAUUCUAAAAUGUUGGAUAUCAAUGAAGUGUGUAGGUAUGGUCUAAAUGGAAAAAUUACUGCAAUGGGAUAUGAUCAAAAUCAAAGUUUAUUGGCCUUGGCUACGGAUACAUCAGAAAUUCAUGUUUAUGGCAAACAGCAAGUUGAGGUUGUUUUCACAUUUGAAAAUGAUGGUGGUUAUAUCAAAGAUAUUAGAUUUAUUAAGGGUAUUUAUUUGGUUUGUUUAGAUUCUAAAGAUACUGUUAUUGUCUUAUCUUUGUACUCACAAAAGUUGUUAGCAUCAUUUUUCGUUCCAGGAAAGGUCAGUUCCAUGGACACUGAUCCAACAUUAGAUUGGGUCUUACUUGGAUUACAGAGUGGGAAUGUUUUGAUUUAUGAUGUUGAUAGAGAUUGUAUAUCACAAGUGAGGGUAAUUAAUUUGCAAAAAGAUCAAUUUUUCCCGAAGGAGAAGUCAUCGGAAGUGGUUUCACUUCAAUGGAACCCUAGAAAUUAUGGUCAAAUUUUGAUAUCCUACGAUAAAACAACAGUUAUCUACUCUUUGUUAGAGGAAAAGGUAAAGCAACAUUUUAUUUAUCAGCUACCCGCUUACGCACCGGGUGGAGAUGGUCAAAUGUUAUCCACUCCAAGAUACCCUAAAAUAAAACAGUCUUUGUUUCAUCCAAAUGGGCUACACGUACUAACCGUUCAUGAAGAUAACUCCUUGUGUUUUUGGGAUGCCAAUAGUGGUAAGUUACUUUUGGCUAGGUCCUUGUACGACGUUGAUGUUAAUGUUCCUGCGCCUAAUACUGCAGAUAUAGGUGGAGUGGGUCUAGCGCAUUCACCUAUUAAACAAGUUUCCUGGAUUUGUAAGAAAAACCCAGAAUAUACAUCUUUGUUAAUUGCAGGUGGGGACGUUAACGGUAGCAGUAGUUCCAACGGCUCUGGUUGUCAUUCUUUGACUAUGCUUGAUUUGGGAGGUACGCCGUUGUAUUCUAUGACCACUUAUGAUAAAAUGAAAGAUUAUUAUUCAAAUCCUAAAGAUCAAAGGAUUUUCCCAAUCCCCAAUUCCAGCAGUAUAGUAAAUUUUAUUUGUUUGUCGAGAGCUUCUCCAUUUUUUGCUGGUAAUCAUGAUCCAGGUGUUAUCUUAGUUUUGUUAGAAGAUGGGGAAAUUGAAAGCAUGCUGUACCCUACAGGUUCUAUAAUCUACAAGGCAUCUAUUUUACCGCAAAGCAUAUCUUGGGUCCGUCCAUUUGCCACUAUAAUGACCGGUUGUUGUGUUCCUAACAAAGCAUGGUUAGGAAUGAUGUCAUCGAUUUACAACAAAGAUUCGAUUUUGAAAGGAGGUGAUCCUGCAAAGAAAGAUUUGAGAGUCCACGAAUUAAGAUCAGCUUUGGCCACUGGGCAUGUAAAUGGUUCUGUCAGGAUAUGGGAUGCCUCUUAUGGCGAAUUGGAUGAGAGUUCCGUGUUUGACGUUAAUAUAUCACAAGUGUUGAAUAGAGCAGAUGUUAAUGUGACAAAUAUAUCAUUUGCUCCGGAAACAUGUGAGUUGGCUAUUGGUUGUAAGGGUGGGGAUGUGGUUUUGUACAAAUUUGAUGAAAAUAAGUUUUAUGAUCCUAGUGGCGCCAAUCAAAUGAAUAUAGCUUUUAAAAGGUUUACUAUAAAUAAAUCUAAUCCUGCUGUUUUGGUGGAUGUAAGGGAUAGGGCACCAAGUACUUUAAAGGAAGGUUUUGUACCCAUUUCAGUUAUCCAUGCAAGUGCAGGGGAAAUUACUACAGUGAAAAACAGUGAGAUUGGCUUUGUUUGUGUUGGUUAUGAAAACGGUAUCAUAUUAGUUGUGGAUAGAAGAGGACCUGCAGUUAUCUUAAAUGAAAACAUUAAAAAAUUUAGUAUGACUGCCACUACAAUAACCUCGGUCCAAUUCACCAUUAUGCAGUACGGUGAUGAAAAUUAUUCCAGUAUAUUAAUGUUGUGUGGUACUGACUCUGGAGAAAUAUUGGCCUUCAAAAUAUUACCUGAUUCAAAUGGGAGGUUUUCUGUCAAAUACCAUUCUUCAGCUAAAUGUGUCAGUCGUGGAGCAAUUCAUGAUAUAACUUGUUACUCGAAGAAUGGCAUUAAAUGCUUAAAUUCAUCGUUUGAGUUAAUGAAACAGUUACCCACUGGUGUAUUGUACCCAGGUGUCUGUUAUGUCUCAGGGGGCAAUGAAAUUGCUACCUUUAUUCCCGGUAUGCAUAAGCCUCUCAAUAGGAAGAGUUUAAGGGCACCAAUUAUUUCGUCUAACAUUGCUACGCUACCAUUUGUAAACAGUAAGGGGCAGAAUGAUAAAUGUAAUGUAUGUAUUGUAUUAACAUUUGAUCAUGUGCUUACUGUUUUUAGUACACCAGAGUUAAAGGAAAUCAAAAGAUUAUCCUUGAAAAUAUUGACCCAAAGUAAGUAUGUUGGAGAUUCAUUUGUAUUAUCAAAUGGUGAUAUCAUUUUGAGGGUAAGUCAAACAGAAGCUCGGUUAAUAAGUAUAUUGGCUAAAAUCCGUCUUGGCUCCAAAAAAAAUAAUGAUGAAAGAGAUAAACUAUACAAUGCACUAAUACCAAUUCCCUAUAGGCCACAAUACAAUUCUUUACAGUGGGCUCGUGGAGAUAUUAAUGUCAGAAGAGAGGACUUGGAUCUAUUAUUGGGUGGUGACUCUAGACCCAAAUCAAAAUAUGAAGAAAGUAUAAUAGCGAAUGGUAGUUACGAAACAAAGGCAAAAUUUGAUUCUAAAAAUAAGAAAGGCCCGAAUUAUGAACAAUUUUCCUAUGAACCUCCAGUUAGGCGUAAUGGUGCGGUGACCGGAGUUGGUUAUUCGGAUCGCAUUGCUCGUAUGAUGGAAAACGGUUACGAUACAAUGGAAAGCACGAUUGAUCAAUAUGCCACUGUUGCUGGUGAUUCUUUAAACCAAGCAUUUGAAGAUACUGGAAAUAGUUUGUUAAAGGGGGCAUUCAAAUCCAAAUUCGGCAUUUAA